AAAUGGUUGUGCGAGAGUUUUGUGUAUAAAAUAGAUAAAGCCAACGUCUUUGUUGCUUUGAAAUUAAUCACGUUUGGUUUUUAAGUACGUGUGAACAAAUGCUUUUUAUUUAUUUAUUUAACUGUGUUCAUUAGAGUACCCUACGGGGAAGUUACAUACACGUUUUAUAUUCACAAAGUUAAAAACAAAUAUGAAAUUGGGGUAGAUUCACUGACGGGUCGCUACAGGCAAGCAUUAGACAAAUGCAAGGUGUUUAGUUUUUAUGUUGUUGUCAAGUAUGUACAGAGGCUAAAUAAUGCAAAUAAAAAGCUGGUGAGGACGUUUUACAGUAAUCACGUUUGCCUGUGUCAGUUAAUUCUACAGUCUGCAGAAAAUGCAAGAAGCUCCGACAACCUUUGAAGAAUUUUUACAGUUUCAAAAGCUGACUGCCUGGCCCAUCACCCUUGAAGAAGAUAUACAAAUAACAGGAGAACUAGCAGUUUACAGAUCACCUAAUGCUAUUGCAGAUUAUCUCUGUAAAAAUGCACCCUUUCCAAUGGAGGUUAUCGAUUCACGGAAGGCUGCCUUUUUAAAGAUUUGGAAAACGUUCUUCCUGUCUGAAGCAUCUGUUGCAGUCUUUAAGGAUGGAUUUUGGUGGUACUUCCUUCAUAAGUUCAAGGUAUAUGCUGAUUGUUUAGCUCAGGCCAUUUUCUCUGCAUUCUAUGAAGCAUUUUCAAUGUCCCACAAUCACUUUGGUGACGAUUUUAAAACUGAACUGACUGACCUGAUUUGCCUUUGGGUUUCAGGGAUAAAACCUUUGCCAUUUAUUUGGAAGUAAUGGAAUCUGAAGUGGUUAUACCAAUUAGUUGCCAGAGCUCGAGAGAUGGAAAAAGUGCCCACGACCAGAUCAAUCUCAAGUGGUUCAAUGGACUUCAACUUUGAGGAAUUAAUAAAAGAUACAAGGUAUAUACAGAUACUAGACACAACUUCAACAACUACAACGGGGAGGAAGACAGAUGAUUUGUCAAAUCUAGAGAGUCUCAUUACAUUGGCCCAGGUCCAGAAUUUCAACAAGUGCUUUUCAAUCCUGGUGGUCGGAGCCCCCUAGUAGCCCACUAUCUUCAAAUGCAGGGCAUUGCUCACCCUGCAGCCUUCGCCAGACCUUAUAUAAAGAGGACAGAAAUCAGCAAAAUACUGUAUCCUUUUUAAAUUCUGAAGUAGCUAAUCAUGUCUGAACAACAACAAACUGGUUAAGAGGCAGACAGGCUUUUGAAUUACUUUAUUAAUGUUCUAAAGUGUUCUGAAGCUUCAAAUGUAACUUCAGUUCCUUUCUUUUACAUUUCCUUUACUGUUUUCUGGUGUAUGUGCAAUAAUCUGACUGGUUCUGGGUUCUGUUGCUCUAAAAUGGAGUUAUUUUUAACUGGUUUAGGGCUUACUUUGAGCUUGCCUGAAGAAUAUACCCACUCUUUAAUAAAAAAAAAAAAGAAUAUUAAUUCAUAAUCUUUAUGAAUAGGGACCAUGUAACUCAUUCAUGAUUUAAUAUAACGUGUCAAAUAUUAGAGAUAUUAUGUGUUGUAAUUUUACCUUGUACAUGACUUAUUUACAAGACUUUCGGAAUUGAAGUUCUUCUUCAUAAUUCGUUUAAUCCUUCCUAAAUGUAUAAUUACUGCCAGCAGACUCUUUUUUAGCAGAUUAUCUGACUAUAGAAUCAACAUUAGUGCUGUAUUUCCCAAAGGCAUCCUCUUCAUGGAGAUCAUCAUUGUUAUGGUGGUUUAACAAUCGUGUUUCUUUGCGUGCCAAAAUACUUCCAGAUGAUAGCUUUUGGGAAUCCCACACUGCAACUGUUUUACAGUUACCUAUAGGGUGUUUUGUUAAUGAGUUCAUGAACCAUAUUUGACUCAUGUGGUAAUAAGGGUCUCAUGGCUAUACAUUUACAUAAAGGUAGCCUCACUACCCUCCGUUAGGGUAAAUUACAAACAGCUGUAUUUCAAACAAUGUAGGUCAUUUUGUUUGUUCUUUUUAACCUUCUCCUUACAUUUUAUUUAUGUUUUGAAUUUGUGGUUCUGGUUCUCCAAUAUUGAGAUUCAAUGUGUGAUUUCACUAUAGUAAUCUAUGAUCAACAUGCAGUUAAAUAUAAAAUGUACUGGAAUCAGUUACUUUAAAGUAAACAGUAGCCUGUCCAUUGUUUUAUUUUCUCAUUCCAUAAAGUUCACCUUUGUUGGCUUCACCUGCUCUCUAUACAAUAAAUAAUUUGUCAAAUUGAGUAAAAUUAUAUGUACGUUAUUUUUGUGAUUUACAUUUUUGC